UUUAAGCUGGCAACUGUUGCUUAAAAAUGUCAGAAAGUAUAUGUCUUCCGGUCUUUUUAUUCCUCCGUGGCAUGGCGGAUGGUCUAUACCGCCGUAAAUAGUGUUUAUUUGGAGGAAUAGCUUCGCUUAUCAAGCGAAAUGAGUCUAUCAGUCGCCCGACCUCUUGUGUCGGUAUACUCUGAGAAGAGUGAGAAGGUCGCUGAUGCGUCCGUCCCACUCCCAUUCGUGUUCAAGGCGCCCAUCCGCCCGGACCUCGUCAAUGAUGUCCAUGUUUCUAUGUCCAAGAACUCGAGGCAGCCCUACUGCGUAAGCAAGGAGGCUGGUCAUCAAACCAGUGCUGAGUCAUGGGGUACCGGACGUGCCGUCGCUCGUAUCCCCCGUGUUCGUGGUGGUGGUACUCACAGGUCUGGUCAGGGUGCGUUCGGUAACAUGUGCCGUGGUGGACGCAUGUUCGCCCCCACGAAGCCCUGGAGGCGUUGGCAUCGUCGCGUGAACCUAAGACAGCGCCGCGCUGCUGCUGCCGCCGCCGUCGCCGCCGCAGGAGUACCAGCUCUCGUACAGGCUAGAGGCCAUGUGAUCGACAAGAUUCCUGAGCUGCCACUUGUUGUCUCCGACAAGGUGCAGGAAAUCAACAAGACUAAGGAGGCCGUCAUCUUCCUGAGACGCGUCAAGGCCUGGUCUGAUGUCCUCAAAGUAUACAAGUCGCAGCGCCUGCGCGCCGGCAAAGGUAAAAUGCGCAACCGUCGCCGCCUCCAGCGCAAGGGACCACUCAUCGUCUACGGAAAGGACAAAGGUCUGACGAAGGCGUUCCGCAACAUCCCCGGCGUUGAGAUGCUCAGCGUCAACAAACUGAACCUGCUGAAGCUCGCCCCCGGUGGUCACGUCGGACGGUUCAUCAUCUGGACACAGUCCGCUUUCAACAGGCUCGACCCGCUAUUCGGAUCAUGGAAGACACCAUCAAAGGAGAAGAAGAACUUCAACCUGCCCCAGCCCAAGAUGGCCAACACCGACCUCAGCCGCCUGCUCAAAUCUGAGGAGAUCAGGAAGGUGCUGCGCGCGCCCAACAAGCGCGUGGUGCGUGCUACCCGCAAGCUCAACCCUCUCACCAACACACGCGCGAUGCUCCGUCUUAACCCUUACGCUGCUGUGCUGAAGAGGAAAGCCGUCCUCGACCAGGAGAAGACCAACAACAAGAGGGCUUUGGUUUUGGCAGAGAAGAGAGGCAUCAAACUGCCCGCCAGCGAUCGCGCGGUAAAGGCCGAGAAACUUGUCGAGAAGAGAAGGAAAGCACUGAAAUUGGCCGCUGCCAAGAAGCCCAAAAAGCCAGCAGCUAAGAAGACCGCGCCUCCCCCCAAGAAAGUCAAGAAGGAGAAGCCGGCUAAGGCUGCUGCGCCUAAAAAGUGAUCGACAAAAAUAUAUUCCAUCUAAAUA